GCAUCUGUGAUGUUCUUGGCAGAAAACCCCGAGCUUUGGUUUGGCUGGGUGGAGAGGACCAGCCCCUCUGGCGUCAUCCUGCCAUUCCACACAGUCUUCACUUUCCAUGUUGUGCCAUGGAAAACUCAAUGUGUUGCAAGGAAACAAGCUGAUCAGCUAUAGGCUGACCUCAAGGAAUGCAGUCCAACAAACUCUCAGAUGAUGUGGAGGGAAAUCCUGACAGAGUGGAUCCCUUCUACCAGCAAGGCAAAGUGGCUUGUGUCAUGUUCACGGUUCUCCUCCUACUUUCAUUCUUGGUAAUAGGAAUCGUAACAGGUCUCAAUUUCAAGAAGAAUUCGCAAGAGGAUCAGACCAGAGGUCUUCUUUCUGAUGAUAUUACACCCAUCCCAUUCCAGUACAAAGGUGACAGAGGGCUCUGCUCAGAUGGUUGGGUUUUAUAUAGGAACACCUGUUAUUUGAUAAUGAAUGUUUAUGCGACAUGGGAAUUAUCAAAGUCUUUAUGCCAUGACUUUGGGGCGCACUUGAUGGUUGUGAACAGUGAGGAAGAGCUGGAGUUCAUUUCAAGAGUGGUUCAGAAGAGGACUGACUAUUGGAUUGGUCUGAAGAGGGACAAAAUGGGCCAGUGGUCCUGGGUUAAUGGAGAUCAUUAUCAUUCAAAUCCACAUUUCUGGGAUGAAAAUCAACCUGCUCAUUGGGAUAUGGAGUCCUGUGCUCACUUAAAAGGAUCUGACACAGUGCAUCGAAAGCUGAUGCAAGAUGCUGACUGUCACAGACAACUGUAUCACAUUUGUGAACGCAAACUAGAGAAAGGCAUGCGGUAGGAAACUUCACCAUCACGUCAACUGCAUUAGACUCUCCUAAAACCCUGCUCCGGACAUGUUCCUUCUGAAAUUGUUAGAUGUUUGUAGAUGUCCUCUUUUUGUUUGUAAACUGUACUUGCCUGACUGAUGCACAUUUAAUGUACUUUUGCUAUUCCUAAGUCACUUUUUAUAGUGUUCCAGUGUACAGUCCUGUUAUUUGAACACAUCCAGUUAAGUAAAAUGUUCACUAAAAUUAAUAAUUGGUUCAAUUCAUUUUUGGCCCAAUUUAAUUGAAGAGAUCAAUUAAUAAUCCUAAUUAUCCUAAUUAUUAUGCAAUCAUAAUUAGUUAUGUAAUUAAUCGAAAUCCAGGGUUAGAUUUGAAGUAAUGCUGACCUCUUUUGGUGAGACGGAUGAACUGCAAGUAAAGAGAGUCUUCUUAAAGGGGUCAUGGCAUGAAAAAUCAAUCUUUUGGCAUAAUGAGGUCUUUGUACCAUUAAAACAUCCUGCAAGUUUCAUAGCU